UCUCAGUAAGAAGAUAUUUUUUUACUAAAGUAUCGACAAGUUGUGCCCAAUGUCUCAGAUAAGGUCCAAACAAUGGACCUAGUUGAUAAUUCCCAACACGCAAGGAACGUCCAAGAAAUGGACCUGCGAAUGCCCAACAUGCAAGGGGCAAAUUGGUCUUGUCAUGAAAGCUAAAAGCCAAAGGAUAUCGUUCCCAAACUCAAGCUCAACUGCUCAAGCAUCGAGUGGUGGGCAGAAACAAAUCCUUCCACGAUAGUACUUCGCAGAGCAAGAGCAGCAGCAUAGCAAAGAUUAAGAGGAGAUGCUUAAUCUUCACACCAUUAGGAUGUCCAUUCCUUCGCUACACAGAUCCUCCCCAUACCGAUGUGCGCUGCUAAAGAGGAAGAGAUCUUGUAUCCGUGCCUGCAGCUCUGAAGAUGAUGGAUCCGAUGCUUCGUCGUCGCUUGGCGGAGACAAACGCCAGCAGGAGGUCCUUGCGAAGAUCGCAAUGCUUCAGGCGCAGAAGGUGCGCAUCACAAGCUUCUUGGACGAGCGCUCUGCUUACCUGACCAAGUUUGCGAAGGAUGCGGACACCGAGUUCGAUCUGAUUGGCCAGAACGCCAUGAAAGAGCUUGAUGAAGUUGGGGACCAGAUAAUGGAGAGGCUGGACAGCAAGAUGCAGGCCUUUGAGGAGACUGCUGAAGUUCAAAGGCAGGAGAUAGAAAUGAACGAGAGGGUGCUUGAAGACUUCGAAGAUUGGAUUGAGAAGGAGAAAAAUGAAGGUAUGUUCUUCAAAAGCCUUGGGAAGGUGAAGCCUCGCAACAAGAAGAAACUCACAGUAAAACCAAUACCCAAGCUAGAAGCACAAAAGGUCAAAGAUAUUGCAAAAGAAAGUGCAGGAUCAAAAACUAGGAUGAACAUUUACCUUGGGCUCAUGGCAAUACUCGGGCUUACAAUUGCAAAUGCCGUCUUCGCAACACCUGAGGUGGAGUGGAGGAAGGUUGCAGCUCUGGGUCUAAUAUUCAUUGGUUUGGUUGCUCAGGUCAUCUACGAGCAGGAUAUCUCAUCACCAGAAGCUGAAAAGAAGGGAGGAAAAGAAGAAUGAAUGAAAGACUUGAGAGAUAAGCAUGAAAAAGUAGCAGUAGAUUUUAAUCAACAUUUUCACAAGAAAUGUAAAGUGUAUAAAGUUCAUAUGAAUAUAUAGUCUUUUGCAAUCCAAGAAUUUAUUUUACU